AUGGAGACUUGUCGGCUUUUGCCAUCAUCCGUCUUCGGCGGAACAAUUCCAGAGACUCCACCGCCAGCCAUGGCCAUCAAACAAUGCCUAAUUGAGACUAUAAUGAUGACCCCAAGCAUAUUACUUGACAUCUUGGCUGAGGAGGGUGUCUUGGUCGCCAGUGAUGCUUUCAGACCAGUAGUCCGCAGUCUAGAACUAGAAUUCCGAGAUUUCUUUUCUACGAAGAAAGCAUCCAGAUACCAGAUGCUAGCUUGA